AUGGGUGAUAGGAGAAAAUUACAGGGUGAAAUUGACCGUUGUUUAAAAAAAGUAACAGAAGGUGUUGAAACAUUUGAUGAUAUUUGGCAAAAGGUACAUUCAGCACCUAAUCAUAAUCAAAAAGAUAAAUAUGAACAAGAAUUAAAGAAAGAAAUAAAAAAAUUACAACGUUUACGUGAUCAAAUUAAAGCAUGGAUAUCAUCUACAGAAAUCAAAGACAAAAAAUCAUUGCAAGAAGCAAGAAAAAAUAUUGAACUACAAAUGGAAAGAUUCAAGAUAGUUGAAAGAGAAACGAAAACAAAAGCAUAUAGUAAAGAAGGUUUAGGAGCUGGACAAAAAUUAGAUCCACAAGAAAAAGAAAAAGAAGAAUGUAAUCAAUGGAUUGCGGAAGCAAUACAAGAAUUAAAUAUUCAGAUUGAUAAAUUUGAAUCAGAUAUUGAAACAUUAUCAGCAUCUCUUAAAAAGAAAAAAUCUGAUAAAGAUAAACAAGAACGUCUUGAAGAUACCAAACAUUCAAUAGAACGUCAUAAAUUUCAUAUUGAAUCUUUGGAAAAAAUUCUUCGUGCAAUUAAUAAUGAUGCAUUAGAUCUUAAAACUAUACAUAAUUUACGAGCUGAUAUUGAAUAUUAUGUUGAAUCAAAUCAAGAUUCAGAUUUCAAAGAAAAUGAAUUAAUGUAUGAAGAAAUUGAUAUGGAUGAUUUAACAACAUUAAUGGCACCUGUUAUAGCAGUACCAAUAACACAAUCUCAUCCUCCAUCAUUAUCAAAUGGUAGUAGUAUUUUAAAUUCGAAUGCAACAUCUAAUCAUAUUGAUAUUACUUCAUCUUCAAUGAAUAUAAAUUCAUUAACAAAUCAUUCAUCGGAUCGUACAACAACGACGAAUUCAAAUCAUGGUGAUAAUGAAUCUAUGAUAGGUCUUACAACGCCAUCAUCAACACAAGCUAGUUCACCAAGUGCUAGUCCAGCAUUAUCAUUAACAGAUGAUCGAAGACGAAAUAAAUCGGAAUCUGAAGAUAAUCAAUCACAACGCAAUAGAUCGAAUUCAGGUGCAAAUAAUUCAUCAGCAACACAGAUAUCAUCACCAAAAGCUCUUUUACAAUCACAACAGCAAUCACCUAGUCUAUUAUCAUCAACAAAACCAAUCUUAUCAUCAGCUCCAUCAUCAGCUUCAAUACUUUCAACAAGUGCACCACCACAUUUUACAUAUCCUGUGACUACAACAUCAACAUUGCCUGUACUACAAUAUUCAGCAAUUGUUUCACAUAAUACUGUACCAUCUACUUCAACAACAACUACAAGUAGUAAUACAAUCACAUCUAAACAACAACAACAUAUACUUUCUCCACCAACAAAACAACAAUCAAGACAAUUACCAAAUGGAACAGGAUCAAUAUUAAAUACGAAUGAAUCAAUAGUUACUACAACAUCAACUCUACCGAUAUCAUCGGUUACGACGACGGUUACUAAUUCAUCAAAUACGUCUCAUCCACCUUCAUUAUUAUCCACAACGAAUGAUCGAUCAGGUAUAUUAUCUCAACAUAUUCUUAAUAAUAUCUCAUCUCAAAUAAAUGUUCCAUCAUCAUCGUCGCCAAUAACAGCGCCAACAAUUUCAUCGCCAUUAUGUUCAAGUUCAGGAUCAGGUUUAUCAAAUUCAAACAUUCCUCUUGAAUCAUCUCCAUCAUCAUCAUCAAAUGCAAUUGAUCCAGCAAUUGUAUCUCAACAAUCAUCAUUGCUACCAUUACGUACAACUUCAGAGAAUGAUCGUUCAACAAUAAUGAGUAAUGGUUCUUCAGAUGGACAUUCAUUAUUAGAUAAUGCAUAUUCAAAUAUACCCUCGUCAUCAUCAUCAUCAUUAUUUCUAUCAAAUACGAAUUCAAAUAUUGGAGAUAUUCCAGCAACGAAUGGUGGUGUUAUUGGUCAAUUAGCAAGUGGUAUACCAUUGAAUCCUGAUCAUCAUUCACUUCGUUAUAUGUUACCAUCAACAUCAUUAAAUAUUCUUCAUCAACAGACAAUACCAACAGGACGAGUACCAUUAACACAAGCAGAAGUGCGUAUGCUUAGUCGAUUAAAUUCAGCAUAUACGAAAUUACCAUCUUUACUUGAAUCUGAAAGACAAAGAACUAAUGGUAAUCGUAUAUAUGGUCGAAGUUUACUCAGUCAAUCACAAGCUGUUCCAUAUUAUCCACAAACUCCACCAGCGGGUAGUGAUGCACCAGAAUUUUAUUAUCGACUUGCACCUGAUACAUUAUUUUUUGUAUUUUAUUAUAUGGAGGGAACUCGUGCACAAUAUCUAGCUGCUAAAGCUUUAAAACGUCAAUCAUGGCGUUUUCAUACGAAACAUAUGAUGUGGUUUCAAAGACACGAAGAACCCAAAACGAUAACGGAUGAUUAUGAACAAGGUACAUAUAUAUUUUUUGAUUAUGAACGAUGGCAAACACGUAAACGUGACAAUUUUAUAUUUGAAUACAAGUUUUUGGAAGAUCGAGAAUUUUGA